AAACUUUCAUUGCGUUUCAUAUAAAGCAGAUAAGUUCUUGAUGGACGCUUUGUCUCAUCUAGUAUAUUUGAAGAUGAGAAAAUUUACUUGAAGCGCAACACCUCUGUGCAGGAACAAUUUAACAGUAUCCAAAAUCAACAUGGAAUCAUAUCUUUGCAAGCUUUACCGUUUGUGUCGUACAUGUAAAAAAGAUUUAAACACGACCAAAGCUGCGGAUACGGCAAUGGGCAUUCAUAUCUUCGAAACACCUCAACUUGCAGAAAAACUCGCUGUUUGUAUCCAAGCAGAUGUGUUGGCAACAGACGACUAUCCCAAACUGCUCUGUUCCAACUGUUAUCAAAAAGUUAGCGAUUUCUAUCAGUUUCGAGAAAUGUGUGUUGAAUCAAUGCAGCGCUUCAAGCAGCUACUAGAAGGACAAAAAUUACUUGCGACUAGCGAUAUUAUUGUUGAAGAAACAGAUAUAUUCGAAAAUUCUACUGAUAGUUCUCAAAAGUGUGUUAAGGAGCAUACAGAAAGGAAGAAAACAGUUUUUAAAGGGAGAUGUGGCGAGAUUAUAGAAUGGAAAUGUGUAGCAGAAACAUAUUCAGAACUAGAAAUAUUAGCAAAAGAAGCACGAGAUAAGAAUGAAGCUGCUUCGGAAGUUGAUGAAGUUGACAAUUCUAGCAAUAACGAACCAUGGAAUAAAGACAGUCAAGCUGGUAGUGUAGAUACAGCUAUCAAAAACAAUAAUAAAUCGCGAAAGGUGUUAACGAGAUCAGUGACUGCAAAAGAAUCUGCCAUUUAUCGCUGUGAUAUUUGCCCCGCACGAUUUUUCAUUGAACACCGGCUAAAUGCACAUAAACGCGAACAUGAAGGUCUUUUGCCAUAUCCUUGCACACAUGAAGGAUGUGAAAAAUCAUUCAAUCGUUGGAAUGCGCUUUCUAGACACCUGCAACAGCAUGAAGGACGCCAAUUUCAAUAUGCUUGCGAACAGCAAGGCUGCGAUAAAGUUUAUAAACACAAACCAACGCUGGUUAUGCAUCAGCGAAAGCACCACAAAUUGGGACCCGAAUUGAGAUCACUUAUAUGCGAGAUUUGUGGGAAAAUAUUUAAAACCUCAACAAUGCUAAACGAUCAUCGUUAUAUACAUAAGGAUACAUCUGAACGGCCAUACGCAUGCGAUCAAGUGAAUUGCACGCGUCGAUUUUCGAAUAAAGACAAACUGAAGGUACAUCUUAUGCGACACGCUGGCAUACGGAAUUAUGUAUGCCCACAUUGUGGCAUGCGUAAGACGACAAUGAACGAACUCAAGGUGCAUAUCAAUUAUCAUACAUUGGAACGUACAUGGCCAUGCAGCUUUUGCACACAUGUUUGCAAUAGUGCCGGCAAUUUGAAAACGCAUGUACGCACCGUGCACGAACGUGUUAAGGAUUACGCUUGUCGUCAUUGUGAACGUACAUUUGCCAAACCGGACACGCGUAAAUAUCAUGAAAUGACACAUACCGGUGAGAAACCAAAUGUUUGUGCAGAGUGUGGUAAACGUUUUCUACAACCGGCCGCAUUGCGUACACAUAGAAAAAUCCAUCAGCGUGAAAAUGUGCACGGUGCAAAAGCGAAAUGUGGUGGAAGUAGAAAAGCCUCAAGCGAUAAAGCAAAACCGGAAGCAAAGAAAGUUGAUAUGGCUCGUGUGCAAUGUGUGGAGCAUGUGGAAGGGUUAUUGCUGCAAUCGGCUACGUAAAAUGAUUUGUGAUUGUGCACUUAAUUAGUACAUACUUACGUAUGUACAAUAUAUAGUAAUUAUCAAGUGUACAACUUUGCCUCCGCCGUUUUUUUUCCA